UGUAUUAGUUUCCGGUCUAAAAAAAUGAAAAUGUUCGAAUUUUGCCAUAAAACUGUACAAAAGAAAGCCCAAAUUAUGGAGUAGUCCAAGAACCAUUUAAUUCAUUGUAUUCUUUGAGCUGUAACUCCAAGAUUUCUACAUAUAGUCAGCGGUAAAUGAAAAAGUAAACAACAAAUAACAUGGAUUUGAAAAUUCGCUCAUGAGACAAAUGCCUGAAACAGAUGCUGGAACAUGGAUCUACAAUUUGAAAGGUUUAUGCAGUUUUGUGAAGGAUAUCUUGAUGAUUCGACCAAAAAACUUUUAACACUUGUGAAAAAGCGAUACCAUGAGUGUGAUGAAGAGUAUAAACAGUCCCAAGAAUUCUUGCGCUAUAUUCUCUGUGCAGAGGCAAAAAUUGAUAGUGAUGAGUCCAAUUUUUUUGUUCAUCUUAGAGACUUUUUAAACAUACUGAAAGACAACAAAGCCAGAGUUGACAAUGGUUAUGAAAAUCAAGGUAGAGAUCCUGGAAGAUCUAAACGAGGUCAUGAAAGUAGUGAGAGUGAAUGUUCUGCAAAGAGAAGGAAAACUCAUGAAAAUGAGAAAACUUUAAGUGAACAUGAGACUAAAACCGGCAAAAACAUUGUCUGUGACCAGAGAAUGGGAAGAGCAAAAAACAGCUCAGAAAAUGCAAUUCCUGUAAAGAGUUUAAGACUUGAUGGGUCUGAGCAUUCAUUAGAAGAUAAUAAUUCUGAUCAAGAAAUGAAAAUAGCACCUGAUACAGCUGUGCAUGAUGCCGAUAAAGAUCAGAUGCAGGGAAAUCAUGAUGCAACUGCAGAAGAAUUGUUUGAAUCUGGCGGUAUGGCUGAAGGUGAUAGUGAUGUUGCUGAACAUGAAGAUGAAAAGAAGGAAAAAUCUGAAAAAAGAAAGAAACAAAGAAAUUCUAAGUACUUGUCAGACUUAGGUAAAAUAGUUGUUCAAGAAAAUGAUGAAAAAGUAAGAGAGACGAGUGGAAUAUGUAAAGCCAGGUCAUACAAAAACGCGAUAAAAGAAAUAAAUGCAAUGUUUUCUUCCUCUGAAGAUGAAAACAACGAGGAAGAUAUUCGAACAGCCACAGACAUUGAAAAUAUCAUUCAAGAACAAGACGGUGAAAAGUUUCUUUGUUAUUCACCAGAGGAGAAUGAAAGAUGUACCAAUGAGGAAGUUGAUGAAAAAAGUGAAAGUGGUGAGUUAAAGGCUGGUACAAAUAAUUAUUUUAGAAGUCUGAAAAAAGCAGACAAAGGACCUGGUGAAAGUGACACAAGUGAACAUGUAGCAGUAUCAAAUGAAUGUCUAGAUAUUUUAGAUAUUUCUAGCGAAACUGAAGAAAAUGUGAAACAUGAUUUAGUUGAACAGAAAAGCAAGCCAAACAAAGAGGAAAGCUCUAAAAAUUGCUCUGAAAUUGGAAGUUGCACUGAUCAAGAUUCCAGAAAUGAGAAAUGGGAUAAUGGUGAGGUUCUUUUUAUUGAAAAUGAGGAAAAACCAUUAUGUUUUACAAUUAAACAUGUGAAAGGAACAAAACCUAAAGAAAGUAUCGCGGAAAAUUUAGAUUUGAAACAUGAUUUAGUUAAUAAAGAGGAGAUAAAGCGUAAAAGUGCUAAACUUAACAGCAGUGGAGAAGUUCAUAUUAUUGAUUAUGAAGAAUCGGAGAGUAAUCAUGAUGACGAUGUAUUAAUGGGUGACACCACAAAGGAAUUUGGAGACCAGUUAGAAUCAGAACUUGAUGAUAAAGGUACAGAUGCAGAGGAGAGUGAAGAGGUAGAUGAGGACAAGGUUUUACAUAAAGCUUCAGAAGUCAAUGGUAAAAAUAAGGAACUUUCUUCAGAUGAUGAAGACUCUUUUGAUGCUGUUAAAGCCAAAAAGUUCAGGGAAAAGUGUAAAAAGAAGUAUGUUGUCAGUGUAGGAAAAAAGAAAAACAGAGAAUUUUCUAGUCCUAGUAACGAUCAUUUGAAACCAACUUUUAUAAACAAAACUGAAAAAGAUAGAAGUCCACGUAAAAAGAGGACUCCAAAUAGCAGUCCGAAAUGUAAAAAAAAAAGUAGUCCCAACAAGUCUCCAAUUAUAAUUUUUACUGAUAGCGAAUCAGACAGUGAUGUAGAUGAUAUGGAAGGUUUCAAGAAGAAAUUUGAUGAAAAGGCCAGGAAACGGUUUCAGAUGCAGGAUAAUUCAUCCAUAGUCAUAGAGAAAAUCUCAACAAAAGUAGAACCAAUGGAAGCUGAUCAUGUUAUAGCCAAUGGAACAGAUGGUAAAAAUCACAAACAUGGUUUAAUGAAAGAUAACAGUCAUAAUGCCACAGACUCAGACAGGUCAUAUGAUUCAGACAAUAAAAAAUCAAGUAAAGUUAAGGAAAUCAAAGAGAAAAAAAGAGUUAGUCUAAUAACAGAAGAACAUUAUAGUAACAAAUACGACAGAGAUGAUGGUGUAUCAAAACAACAUAAAGAGAAGACAUCUGACAGACACAAAGAAAUAGAUGUCAAAGACAAACUGAAGCACAAAAGUGAAGAAAGGUCUGGGAAAGAAUCAGUAAACAAACAUGAGCAAGACCAUGAUAAUGAACAACCAGGACCAAGUUCAGCCUCUGAUGGUGAUAGUGCAAAGAAAAAAGGAUCAACAAGACAAAUUAGAAAAUUAGAGGCUUUGUUAGAGAGUAUUCGAAACAAGAUAGAGACAGUGAGGGAAAGAGAGCUAGACCUGGAUGAAAUGGACAGUGAGGUCUCCGACUACAUACUGGAAGAUAGACUACAGCGGAAAUUUAUGAAAGUAUGGGACAAGCUGUGUGAGUUGCAUAAAGCUGUCAAAAGCACUGGAAGACCAACUGACAAAUACUUUAGAUACCAGGGUACAAGAUACCCAGAUAUAAACAGAAAGUUAGAGAAAUUUAUCAACAAGAAGAAGGUGUUCCCGGACUAUCAUGAUGUAAGAAGUAUAAUUAUGAAGGUCAACAAGGAAAAAAGACUUCAUCUCAAGUCUCGAGAAAUGGAUGACCUAGCACGAGAGGCAUUCACAGAUGUAGGGAACCAGUUACAGAGGAGACGUCAAAAAGACUUCAUCUCUACCUUCCAUUCAUCUGGUGUUGCUGUCAACCCUUUCAGUUUAUAUGAUGACCCAGCUCUCUAUGAUCCAGAAUUGAAGAAGAAGCUUGAUGCAAAUAAAAAGUCUGCAAAGUCUAACAUGGAGAAGGUUGUAGAGAAAUACGCGGCACUCCAGUAUCAGGUUGAUGAUAAAACCGAUGACGAGGGUGAUGAGGAGGAGGAGGAGGAGGAAGAAGAAGACAACAACAUAGAAGAACUGGACCAACUCACAGGGGUAGAUAACUCAGACUCUGAUAACAAUACUGAUGAUGAACAUAUUGUCAGUGCUGGAGGCAAGAGUAGUAGUAAAACGUGGGAUACUGGUCCAUGUUUGGAAAUAGUGACUCGCCACAAUAUCGGCAAAAAUGUCAGAAGGAAUAGAUGUUUGAAACUUGUCUCCAAGCGAGAAAACUUAGAAAGUGGCAAAAAGACCUCAUUUUCAACAGAAAACCCAGAUGAUGUGGAUAAAUUGUGUUUCAUGAAAUCAAGAGUUAAAGAAGAAAUAUCCGGUAGAGAUCCUCAAGAGAAACAUUUUAGUGAACAACUUGGGCUAUGCCGUUCUUCGAGUAAAGAUGAUAAAAAACAGAUUGGUAUGACUGUUACAAUUUUAAGUGACAAUGAUGAUGAUAAUGAAGUGAAAUGUUUUGAAGAUGGAGAAAAAGAUGGCUUGAAUGAUACAAGUAACAAGCUAUUAAGCAUUGAUUCUGAUGACAGUCAAAACAUGAAUAUAAGAAUUACAGAAAGUAGCAAAGACCAUGGUAGUAAUAGUGAGAAAAUAGAUGAUGAGAUUGUUGAAACUAAAGUAAAUGUUCAAAAGAUGAGUGAGGUUUCGAAUAUUACAGUUAUAACUGAUGAUGACAACAAAGACCUGGGUAGUAGUAGCGAGAACAUAGAUAAUGAGGUUGUUGAAACUGAAGCAAAUGCACAAAAGAUGAAUGAGGUUUCGAAUAUAACAAUCAUAACUGAUGAUGAAGAAGAGGAAGAAAACUUAAGUGACCAGUCUCUUGGGCUUAAAAUAGUAUCCACACAGCAUGUAAGUUUAAGUGAUAUUAGUAAAUUACAUGGUGAGGAAGAUUCAGAUGUUGUUGAAGAGGUGAAAGAAUUGGGCAGUAAUGAGUCAGAAGAUUUCAAAGAAAGUUUAAAUAGUUCAGGAGAAAGUGGAUCAGAAUCUGUAAAAUUUCAGCUAGAAGUGGAACAAGUUGAGAACAAGACUGAAAUGCCAGUUACAAAGGAGAAAGUAAUAGAAGUUAAGGAAUUCAGUGAUGUUAACAAAAAGAUCAGUGACGAGAUAAAUGAAGUGUUGAUUAGUGAACCAGAAGUUAUGAUAAUUGAAGAUACAGAAACUGAAGUAUUGCCUAGUUUAAACAAAAGUUUUAAUGUUAAGAUGCAAAACAGAAACCCUACUCAGAAAAGCAAAUGUGCUCCCAAUUACGCACAAAGAUCUCAGUCAGGUUCAUAUAAUGCAAACGGAGUACCAGAUGGGAAAGUUAAAGUUACUUCUCCCUCGAAAUCACAUUCCAAUACCAUGUAUCCAGUUCCAGACAAAAGCUGGGAUGUUCAGACAGAAAAAGUCAAAAAUGCUGCAACUAAAACUACAAGUGCAAACAGAUUUAUAGGUGGAAGUUCAAAAGUUACUUCUCCUGUGAAGACGAAUUCCAGCACCAUGACUCCUGUUAUAAAUAAAGGCUGGAACAUUCAGCCAAAAAAGUUAGCUGAAAAUGUAAACAUUAGUAACAGGGAGCAAAAAUGUACUCAGAAAUUUCCAUCAAAUUUAAGUAACACAAAUAGUUUUACGAGUGCAAGUUACUCCAGUACUAUGUAUCCUAUGUCAAACAAUACCUGGAAUGUUCAGCAACAGAAAUUAGGAAAAAGGAACAAUUCAAAUAACAUGUGUUCAAAACAGUUUAGUACAUUAACCAAUGAAAAUUCAAAAGGUACAAGGCUCUUGAAAUCUAGUCCCUAUUCUGUAUAUCCUGCUGCAAAUAAAGGCUGGAAUGUCCAGUCUCAGGAACAAGGAUAUUAUGUGAAGAAAAGUUAUAAGACUUCUCAAUGUACACAAAGAUUUCCGUCAAGUUCAAGUAAUCUGAAUUUUGCAGGUAGCAGUUCAAAACUUACUUUUCCAACAAAGACAAAUUCUAGUACAAUGUACGCAGUUUCAAAUAAAGGCAAGAAUGUUCAGGGGCAAAAUUUAGGAAAUAACAUAAAGAGAAGUGGUAGCAGUUUUGUUGGUACUCAAAAUGUAGCAUCUAGUACAAAACAGGCAAAUAAAAUCACAAGUGAUCAUUCAAAAAUAACAUCACCCUCUAAAGUGAAAUCCAAAACCAUGAGUGAUGUUGUUGUCAUUGAUUGUGACGAAACUGAACAAAUUACUACAAAACCAAGUAAACGCGCUAAAACUAAGACAAAUUCUGUUUUGAAAUUGGAGUCUACAAAUGAAAUUAUUUGUCUUGAUGAUGCUGAAAACAUGGAAGCUCCAAGUAGACUGGCUGAAACAAAACCAUUUGUAAAACAUACCCAUAAUAUGCCUAAGUCUAAUCCAGAAUCCAACAAUGUGUGUAAUGUGAAAACUACCAACUUAAAAGCUAGUCGAAAUUCUUCAAGCUCUAGUUCAAGUCCUAAAACAAAGGAAAUUUCAAAAGAAAGUGAUAUUGAAGUCUCAGAAACUGAGGAAAGUCCUACUCCAAAGACUAAAAUUGAAAUGAGUAAAUGCAAAGAUGCAGAUAAGAUGCCACAUGAAGUUAGCAGCAGCAUAGUGAAAGGCAGAAAUGAAGAAAAUAAUAGGUCAAGUAAUCUGAAGGAAACAGAUGAAGUUGUUGAAAUAAAGGAAAAGUCUAAUGAAAAUACUUCAGAAGAAGCCGGAAAUAGUGGUGUUGAAACAAAACAAAAUGUUCCUGAAGUAAGUGAAGGGAGAAUAAGUCCUCCUGAUAUUUUUGCUGGUUCUUUUGGCACAGUGGAAAGUAAUGAAUAUGGAAGUAUUGAGUCGUGCCAUGACAGUGAAGUCUUUGAAAACCCUGAAGUACCAGAUGAAGAACAAAAUGAAGCAUUGCCAGUAGAUGAAAAUGUUGAGUCUCAGAUGGAGGAAUCGCCAUCAGUUGAAAUAUUUACUGCCACAAGACUUGAAGCAGGAGUACUUAAUGAGACAGUAGAAUCGAGCAUUGAUGAUACAGUGGAAGAACUUUCUACAUCUGGGCAGGAACCAGGAAAAUUGAAUGAUAAAACUGUUGUAGCAAAUGAGGAAAGUGAAUUUGAAAACAAAAUGAAAUCCAGUAUUAGCGAAAAAUUUACAUUAGCAGGAACGAGAAAAGAUAAAGAAACAAAUUCAGAGUCAGAAGAAAAUGUGAAAACACAAGCUAAUGUAAUUCUGAAUGCAACAUUAACUGUUGAUACUAAUCCUGCAAGUGAUGAUGAACAAGAAGUUAGCGGCGGAUUUGAAGACGAGGAAAAAAUAAGCAGCACAUCAUGUGACAUUGAGAGCUUUCCAAAAGUUAACCUCAUAAGGAAUAAAUUAUUACAGUUGAAGAAAGCCAUCGUUAAUUCAAAACCUCAAGCUGAAGUUAAAUCUCAGGCCCAAUCUCAGGACACAACUGGACUAUCAAAGUCUCCUGGUAGCGCACAAUGGAUUGAGGAGGAUGAAAAUGCAAGCCUUAUAGAAACUUACCAGGAACCUGACUCUACCCCAUACAGUCUAGCAGAAAAUUUGAUCUCAUCUAGUAGUAAUGAAAAUAUUAUUGUACUUUCUGAUUCCGAGUGAAAACUUCUACCCUUUGAAGAAUUAAUGUGUUGUCCAUUUAGACAGACAUUUUUAAAAACAUUGUACUUUAAUUUAAAAAUGUUAAGGAUACAUGUCAGUUUUAUUGUUUUAUAUUUCGAAAAAAUGUCUGCCCAAAAUGAAGUUUUAUAUUGAGGAAAUUAAUAGGUACUUAAGGGCAAGAAUGUGCAGGCCACUCCUUGUCUUUUCAUACAGUUUUCUCUUUUAAUUUGUUUUACAGAUCAAAAACUCGAUCAGACAGUCUUAUUUCAACAGACUUUGUAUUGCCUUAUCUUUUUUAAAUGUGCACAAACUCCAUCAAACAGUGUAAUAAUUUUGCGUGGUUACAUUUUCUGCUCCCAAACUUGCUAGUUUGAUCAGUGCAAUUGAAGCUGCAUUAGACUAGCCACGCCAUGAGAAAACUAACAUAGUGCAUUUGCGACCAGCAUGGAUCCAGACCAGCCUGCACAUCCGGGCAGUAAACCAACAUAAUGCGUUUGCAGCCAGCAUGCAUCCAGACCAGCCUGGGCCCGGUUGUUGGAAACUUUAAUCGGCUGUUAAACUAACUGCCAGUUAAAUUUUGAUUCAAAAUACUAGACUUGAUGGGAAACACUAGUGUGAUAUUUUGAUUUCAUUGUAAAGGUUUUUCAGUGUUCAUAAUUCUUACCUCAUACCUUUGUUUUUCUAAGUCUUCUGAAAUGUCGAAAAAUAACUAAAAGUUGACCAACCGUUAGCUUAAUCACCUGUUAAUGUUUCGAACAACUGGACUCUGUGCAGUCUGGUCAGGAUCCAUGCUGUUCGCUUUCAAAGCCUAAAUUGCAAUUAGAGAAACAGCGAACAGCAUGAACUGCGCAGAUGCUUAGGCUGGUCUGGAUCCAUGCUGGUUGCAUAUGCACUUUGUUGGUUUUCUCAUGGCGCUGCUCAGGUUAUAUUUUAUUGAAGGUUACAAGUGUCAGGGGAGAUCUUAAAUGUGAACCAAGAGCUUUUGAAUGACAAUCAAGUUUUUACUAGGCCUGGGACGAUUUCAAAAUUUUGAAACCGGAUUAUCAUUUGCAUGAAGUUGUAUUGAACCGGUUCGAUGACCGUAUCAAGGUACUUCCAAUAGCUGCCUUCAUAAGGAACUUACGGACUUUAUCGUUUGCAAGCAGUGUGAUAAUUAAUAAGUCAUAUUUUGAUGUAUUUUAUUGUAACCCCCGACAACAAAGUUGUAAGGGGGGGUAUACUGGUUUCAGGUUGUCUGUCUGUCUGUCUGUCUGUCUGUCUGUCCGUCCGUCCGUCCGUCCGUCUGUCUGUCCGUCUGUCCGUAGACGCAAUCUUGUGCACACCAUCUCUCCUUAUCCCCUUGACAGAAUUUAAUGAAACUUCACAAAAGUGAUCAGUACCAACAGUAGUUGUGCAUAGGGCAUGUUAGGUUCUUUUAGAAAAAAAAUUUGCAGAGUUAUGGGACUUUGUUCUUUUGUUACUAUACUAUAUACAUAGACACAAUCUUGUGCACACCAUCUCUCCUCAUCCCCUUGACAGAAUUUAAUGAAACUUCACACAAGUGAUCAGUACCAACAUUAGUUGUGCAUGGGGCAUGUUAGGUUCUUUUAGAAAAAAAAUUUGCAGAGUUAUGGGACUUUUUUUUUUGUUACUAUACUAUAUACAUAGACACAAUCUUGUGCGCACCAUCUCUCCUCAUCCCCUUGACACAAUUUAAUGAAACUUCACACAAGUGAUCAGUACCAACAUUAGUUGUGCAUAGGGCAUGUUAGGUUCUUUUAGGAAAAACAUUUGCAGAGUUAUGGGACUUUGUUUUUUUGUUACUAUGCUAUAUACAUAGACACAAUCUUGUGCACACCAUCUCUCCUCAUCCCCUUGACACAAUUUAUGAAACUUCACACAAGUGAUCAGUAACAACAGUAGUUGUGCAUGGGGCAUGUUAGGUUCUUUCAGAAAAAAAAUUUGCGGAGUUAUGGGACUUGUU